UUCAACAGUACAGCUAUUUUGCAGCAAUAGAAGCUCAUUCAGGAACUUGAGACUAGCUCACAACUACAGACCUCUGCUGAUUUAAAAGAAAAGAGAAAAGGUAAUUUCUGGAGUGAAACCGAAAACCAGUCUCCAAUAGAAAUACUUCAGAAGGAAAUAUAAUUCCUUUCAGGAAAGAUGAAGUUAAUCGCUGUAGGCAUCGUUGCUUUCUGCAUGCUGGUGUACAAACAAACAGAUGCCAGCCCAAUCCAUGAUGAAGAAGAUCCCUACAGACAACCUCCAGGCAUGCCUUAUUGGCCUUUCAUGAGUAAUGAUUUCUGGGGAUAUGUGGAAUACUUCCGGGACCUGGGGGCAUACAACAGAAUCAAUGAGAUGGCCAGGACCUUCUUUGCUCAACAUCCUCUUGGAAAUAUUCUUGGAUAUGAUGUCCCAUAUCAUGAGCACUAGUUCACUUGGCAACCCUUCAUUUGACCAUUUCAAUACAGGCAGACCCCAAGUUACAAACAAGAUAGGUUCUGUAGGCUUGUUUUUAAGUUGAAUUUGUAUGUAAGUCAAAACAUUUACAUUUUUAAAGAGUAACUCCAGCCAAAAAUAUGUAUUUUAAAGCAUUGGAUAGCAUAGGGAAGAAUUAACACCUCUGUGGUGUUUAUUUUGCUAUCUGUGCCCCUGUUCAGCAGAUUUCAGCUCACUUUCUGUCCCUGUGUUAACUGGAUUUUGAAAAAUAUGUUGUGGAAUCAAAGAUUAGUGAUAAAGCAUCAGUGGAGACACUUUUUCCCCGUAACUCUUCCAGGAAUGAAUCUCCCUUCCUAGGGAUAGAUUUCUCUCACUUCCUCUUGUCUCACCCCUGUUCUUAGCUAUGAAUCAUUUGUAAGUUGGGUGUUUGUAACUCGGGAACUGCCUGCAAUCAGAAUUGCUAGACUAAAUAUGAUAUUCUAAUACUUUUUUUAAAAAAUCUAUAAAAUAUGUUAAACCAAUUUUAAAAAUGCAAAUGGUGCAAGUGUAAAGUAUUUUCCAGCAGACAAUAUAUAUUUAGUAUAUAUUAGCUUGCAAAUGCAUAAAGAUUUUUUUGCUUUUGUGGCUUUUAGGAACUCAUAUACAUUUGUAUUUUUAAAAAA